UGCGAGAGGCCGGAAGAGAAGGAGGGUGGAAAUCGACCCCAAUAAGGCCUUUGCUGGUAUUGAGGAGAUCCGCCGCGCACAAAGAUUAGCUGCUGGGGAGAAUCUUAUAGAUUCUGAAAUUUCAGAAGAAGAGGAAUCUGACACUGCAAGCUGCAUUAAUGUAGCUAUCUAAUUGACGAAGCUGUGAGCAAUUGAAUUUUAUGAUGUGGUGGGGUGGCGAUUUUAGUGCGUGGUCUAAAAGGGGGUUGGUCUAAAAGCUGGUCACCUGACUUAGCAGAUAUUUCACUACUGUAAGAGAAGACAGGUACACCUAAUCAAGGUGGUCACAAUAUAGCAACAAGAAGAAGGGGAGCGCUGGCCCUGCAGGGUAAAACUGCCGAUGCCGGAGUCCUCCUCGACAGUUACAAUGCCGAAUGACACCCCAUCGGCAAACGACUCUUACGUGGUACUGAUUCGAUUUUCAGCUCCAUAACGACGGACAGUACUUGGUUCAUAAUGCUGCGCAAUUUCGUCCUUGGGUGGAUUCUGCCAUGGUUUCUCUCAAGCACACGCCGCAGGGGUAUGGUAUUCAGAUUUCUGUCCGGAUUCGGUAUUAGGUACCGCUGUAGCCCAGUUGUUGGCACCGUAGCGGGCUUCAAGGGCCCCAUCCGGGGCGGUGACGGCCUGCCGGACGGCAUCGUACUGGAGAAGUCUGGAGCAGAUCUCAAGAAAACGCACCUCAAGCUUUUAUGCGGCGGAACACCACACCACACCACCUUCUUUUGUUCGCCGGCAUGUUUAUUCACAGUUCGGCUUCACGGAGCCGGGCUAUGUUCUCGUUCGUCCGGAUGGCUACGUCGCGCACAUUGGCCAUUUAUCAAAGUUGGACAGUCUUUUGGAGUUCUUGGCACGGAUAUUUUUCUCUUUUGCUUGCCGUCGGAUAUCUCUUGCCUUCCUAUGCACUGGGUUUCUCUUUAAUUUCACUGUCUCUUCUCAGGCUUGGGGGGACUAGUUUGUCUGUUAUCAAACAGCCACGUUUAAACCGUCUGCAACCCUAACCCUAUAUUGAACUUCAACCCAGUCUCGCUCAUUAGUAUGGUACAGCCAAGAUUAAUGAGAUUGGAUACUCUCUGUCUCAAUACUGC